AUGACCGCAGACAGACGACAGGGCACCCAAGACCAGCUUGGCAAGGAUGCAAUAGCUUCACAAAGACAGAGCGCGGCUCUAAGAGGAGCUUCUCUGGCCUUUGGGAAACCUCCCGUCAAGCCGAAGCCCCAGAUCAACACUUACAGUGGCAAUAAUGGAGCUCUAGCUGCAGCGACGAAGGUUGGGGCUCGUACCAACACGACAUCAACGAAUAAGGCAUCGAUAUCGAGGCUAGAGGCAUCGGCGGAUGACCACAGAUUGGGAUAUCAGAGUACGGGCGGAAGUACAGCUAGUAUGCUGCAUAACGGCUAUGGGGAUCGCAAUCCUUCUCGACCGCGGCUCGGGGGAAAUGGACAUCUACAGCUUCCUGGAGCGGAAAAGGGGGGGAGGUCCCCCUCGCUGAUAGCUGCCACUCUUGCAGCUUCGAGAUCUCCCUCAGUCAGUCCAAAUCCUACGGGGCAACAGCAAACCCAGCCUCCGAAUCUUGCACUGCUGGCUGCUGGCUUUGCGAAAAGAUCCGCGUCUCCGCCACCGAGCGUGAGGAGUGUAAAUUCUUCGAGAGGGAGUUCUGAUCAUUCAUUGGAUCUUACGCCUAUACCUCCAACUACGUCCCUGAUCAAUAUGUUUGAAGAAACUGGGUCAUCACCAAAGAGUCAACCGCCAAUAAAGAGACCAAUGACAUCAGCCUCGACGAGGGAUGAGAUAUCACCGAAUCCCCAAAGAUUCCCAUUGCCUCGUCGAGCUCGUUCACCUUCUCCCUUGGCUUCUAAGUCUCGAGAACCACAAGUCAUAUUAUCAAAACCUGUGUUAAAACAGCUCCCACCUACUUCCCAGCCAUCAGAGACUUUUAAACCAGCUCCUAGAGUGAAGAAACCCCCUUCAGUAGCGACCAAACCAAUCCCAAUCCCAAUUCCACCAAAGCCUCAACCACAACCACCCGCUGAGCAAGAAGAUGAGGAUAAUUCUUCCGAUGACUCGUUUGUGUCGGCAUCAGAGUACGAGUACAAACCGCCCUUCCGUGCCACCCUCAACCACAGCGGCAACCAAAAACACCUAACAUCCACUUCUGCCGGAUCCAUGAACUCCUCUGUAACAGUCGACUCCCUCGCCAACGCCAUCGUAGCCAGCAGUCUCGCCUCAUCCCGCGCCGCCUCCCCUUCAAAAAACACCCUCUACCCACCCCCAAUCCCCCCUUCCAGACGUAGUGCUCGCAACCACCACCACCUCUUCCACAACAGCGCAUCCCGCGAGCCGAGUCCUGCAAAACCAGGCACCUUGCGGACAACACUGAGGAAGACCAAGAGCAAAGAGGCCAUUGACGAAGGCGAGAAGCGUCGCACUCGAAAAGCGCACCUUAUGAAAAAACACCCUAACAAACACCACGAAGGUGACCGGAAGCGCUGGCGCGAUCAGAUCACCGAACGCGAGCGGAAACGCUAUGAGGCUGUUUGGGCGUCCAAUAAAGGACUGCAUCUUUCCUAUAUUCCUGGGGCGGAGAAUCUGGUUUGUAGUGUUGUGGUGAGGGAUAUAUGGUCGAGGUCUCGGCUUCAUCGUGAUGUGUUGGAGGAGGUUUAUGCGCUAGUUGAUAGGACGGAGAUGGGGAUGCUGGAUCGGGAGUCGUUUGUUUGCGGGCUUUGGCUUAUUGAUCAGUGGUUGAAGGGGCGGAAGUUGCCGCAGAGGGUUAGUGAGAGUGUGUGGAGGAGUCUGGGGAUGAGGGGGCUGAAGGUUAGACCGAAGUGA